AUGGCAAUGGCUGCCAUCCAUGACAAUCAUCGUCGCUCAGAGAGCUCCGAUGGGUUAGUAGGCGUGGAAAAGAUAUUCGCUUGCACUCAUCCCGGUUGCCAAAGACGAUUUACUCGUGCGGAGCACAUGCAACGCCAUGCUCUCAAUCAUAUGCCCGGAGGCCUGAGCUGUGAUCUUUGCAGCGCUCACUUCAAACGGCCUGACCUAUUGAAACGGCACAUGGACCGUCACCGCCAGAAAGAUCUCGAAGCGGGCGGGCCAGGUUACGGCACUCUAGACACUAGAAAGCGGUCUUGGAAGGCUCCGGACGGGUCUGUGGUGGAGAAACGGCCCUGCCCAAAUCCAUCUGGACGGGGCCAGGGCGGAUCGGGACGUGGACGCACACAACCGCAGCAAGUACCCUCGCCGGAGCCCGAGUUGAACGAAGAACACAACCUUUCAUCUCUAGAUCCCGGAGGGAGCCAGUGCUAUUCUGGUGGCAGCAUAUCUCCCGAGGCCCCAAGGAAUCCUGCGCUUGACUUGCGACCAGGAAACCUAAAUAUCAACCAUUCGUACGCUUUCGGCCGUGGAGGCGUUUUCAUUCCAUCAGAUACCAUCAAUCACUUCUCGGGAUUCCCACCACCCAUACAAUCGUCUGAUCUUAUCACGACGGCAGCUGGUCAGUUCGAGAUCGACGCCUCUCAAGCAGGCAGCUGGAGCGAGACUUCCCUGUUCAGCGGGCAGCAGCUGGACUAUGACCAAGUCUUUCAGCCAGACACCGCCAGCUCUUUCAAUAUGCCAUACACCACCGCCCUUGACUAUAACUGGCUGUUUGAUAUGCAAGAUUUCUCGGCCUCUGCUGCCAACCCAACCCCCACAAAUACAACUCAGCAAGUCGACGCUAGGGGCUCUACCCACCCGCCACCCACGAGAACGCAGCCUAACCUGGUGGUUACCCCAGAGUCUAUGAAGAGCGCGCAGUUGUGGACGGAACCGAUGGAAGCAAGUUCCCAACAGCCUAAGCGAGCAGACAGACCACCUGGUCGAUCCGAUGCUUUUCAAACUGAAACGCAAGCUUCCAGGAGACAGAUUCCAGACAGUUCUAGGGAAAGGAGCUCAGAUGCCUCAGUGUCCCGGACACAUACAUGUAGGGAUAUGCCUCCAGCGACUCGGCAGAAAUACACGGAUAGCCGGCAAGCCCCAGUAGAGCCAGAGCGCCCACUUUCCUCCCUGAGGAAACCGCUUAUAAUCCCUAGCAUUAGUGCAGACGUUAGGCAAAGGCUCCUGGAGGUGGUUGACGCGGCCAGGCCAAGUCUGCCAGAUCAGCGGUUCACGAUAUGGGAGCAUCCAUUGCUCUCCAUAGACUCCCUCAAAGCCUACCUGGGUCUGUUCUUCACGCGCUUCAACACGGCCUACCCGCUGAUCCAUCUCGAGACGUUUGAUUGCCGGAAAAUCGAGCCCCUGCUUCUGCUUUCGAUCCUGCUCCUGGGCGCAACGUACUCGAACAAGGACUGUCACCAACUGGCCGUCUGCAUUCACGACGUAAUCCGGCCGAGCAUCUUUGCGCAUGCAGGCUUCUCACCCAGACCGGAGCUCUGGACCCUACAGGCAAUUCUGUUGGUCGAGUGCUUCGGCAAGUCACGCGCGGGGCAGAAGCAGCACGACAUGAGCCAUCUGUUCCACGGGCUCUUGAUUAACCUCAUCCGACGGUCCGACUGUCAGUCUGUUCGGCCCCCAGGUCCGCCGCCAAUACUGGGAGAGGACAAUGCCGAGGCUCUGGAUAGGGCGUGGAGGAAAUGGGCGGAAGGGGAGCAGAAAAAGAGACUCGCCUUGCUCUGCUUCAUGUGGGACACCCAGCACGCGGUGCUCUUCUGCCAGAGCCUCUGCAUGUCGGCCUUUGAGCUGCGGCUGGAACUACCCUGCAGCCAGAGCAUCUGGGAAGCGCGGGAUGCUGCAUCGUGGGCAGCGGCGUGGCGCUCGAGUUUGAGCGACCAAAGGCUGUUCUAUCUCCCAACGCUGAAGUCGUACCUCACCCCCUCGGCGCCACGACCAUCUGGGCUCACCGGAUUCUCACGGGUUCUGGUUCUACAUGGCCUGAUGUCGAUAUCCUGGGACAUGGGCAGACGCGACCAGACCGCGCUCGGUGUCGUUUCUCACGACAGCUUUGGCACGGGUUGGCGCAGGUUGCUGAGCACCGCGUACGAUGCGUGGAAGAGCGACUUCGACGCAUAUUGUACAGCAUUCUCGGCGCCUCCAGAAAACGCCUCCCAGGCGCGUUCUCAGGGAAUCCACGGGAAUGAUAGGGACGACGAAGUCCGGCGCGUCGAGUUUGAGUCAUUCGCGUCGGCAUACAAGGCGUUGUAUCACUCAGCGCAAGCCCUCUUGAACAUGGAUUUCCUUGACGUCCAGAUAUACGCCGGAGCGCGCCACAUUCUGGGCAGGCCGGUACAGCAGAGAGACUACCACCGGUCGGCGCGAGUGGUCAAGAGAUGGGCCACCUGUUCUGACACACAGCCAAGGUAUUACCUCUCCAGCGCACGACUGGAUCGCAGGGACGUGGACGAUAACGGCAACCAAUCGAAGCAAUCCGCGUCAGGCGCGGCAUGGCACGCAGCGCGCAUGCUACAGGAGACGCGGGGGAUUCACAAAAACACAGAGGCCAUGAACCUGUUCCACGUGCCGUGGUGCCUGUACCUCGCGACCCUCACCUGCUGGGCAUACCACCACGCGCGCCCGAGCCGCAGCCACAGGAGCUCGUCCCGCAGGAGCUUCGACGAAUUUGACGACGACGCAGAGCUCGAGGAGGACGAGAUGAUUUGGGACCCGCAAGGGGAGAUGGAGGCUCUGAUCACCAGCAUGUCAGAGCGGGCGGACCGUAGCGAGGUCACGUUACGGAGGGAGCGGAAGCGCACAAACGGGUUGGUGUGGAUUAUGGCGGACAUCUUGACCACAGUUCGAUGGGGUAUCGUUCAUGCUGGCGUCGUGGUGUUGCGAGGCUUGGUGCCUCAACGCUUGAUCAACCAGUACGAGAAGGUCGUUUGA